UCAUCUCUCUUUAACGUGUCUGCCCUGCGCUUCACAGUUUGACUCGCACUUUUCAUGCGAAGCAGAUGUCUUUGAGAAAUUACACACAAACAGUCGACUUGAAUAGGAAUAUUGUUUUCUCAUUAGGGUUCUCCCAGGAACACAGUUGAUCUAUUAAGCAGUGACUCGCUUCUGGUGUGCGUUCAGGGAAGAUGGAGGUGUCCGGAGGGCGUCCCAAGUGAGAUACUUGCUCCGUGACUCGGGUUGGGUGAAAAGCUGAGGCGAAGAUGGAGCAGGCUCAUAGUUUACUGCUGAACGAGGAGGCCUGCAAUCAGCUGAUGGAGCACCAGAGGGCUGAAUUUGUCUUCGAGUGGCUGCGUUUCCUUAAGAAACUGCUGCCCGUCACAGACAGGGCCGACGUGAAACAGAACCAGAAACGCCUGGUGGAGCAGCUGACGACGGUACUUACAAGUUCUCCGGGUCCCCCGACGCGCUGGUUGCUGGCACAUUGUCUGGCGCUGGUCUACCGAGUGGGCGACUCCCUCACGUCGAGCCUCACUGUGGACCGCUGCAAUGAUAUCAUCCGCAGCAAAGAUGACUCUCCUAGCUUCUUGCCUACUCGACUGGCAGCUGUGGCCUGUUUGGGUGUUUUAUAUGAGCAACUGGGGCGACUGCUCAUCAACUCAUUUAAAGAGACGGUGGCAAAUCUUCUGAAAGCCGUGAAGAGUGCGGAGUCUCAGGGUCGCUGUGAGAUCAUGCUGUGUAUUGAGAAGAUCCUGAAGGGUUUAGGAGUAAGUGCCAUGUCCUGUCACAGGGACAUCUAUAAAGCUGCCCGCGCCUGCCUCACUGAUCGCUCGAUGGCUGUGCGAUGUGCUGCCGCAAAGUGUCUCUUGGAGCUCCAGAGAGAGGCUGUCUUCCUUUGGUCCACAGAGCUGGAGAGCGUUGCCACACUUAGUUUCAGAGCCUUUGAGGGCUCAAACUAUGAUGUCAGAGUCGCCGUCUCAAAACUGCUUGGCACGUUGAUAGCAUCGGCACUGGAGCCAAGACAGGCCAUAGCUCCGAGGCCGGGCUCCAAGCGAAACUCCCUGGAGGAGGUGAUGGAGCUGUUGAGUUCUGGUUUCCUACGUGGAGGAGCCGGCUUUCUGCGGGCCAGCGGAGACAUGCUGAAAGGCACCAGCUCGGUCAGCAGAGACAUCCGCGUUGGCAUCACUCAGACAUGUGUGGUAUUUGUGUCUAUUUUGGGCGGCACGUGGCUAGAGAUGCACUUCUCCUCUCUUCUCGCUCUUCUCAUGGAGUGGGCGUCUCACACUCGGGCGACACAAUACCCUGCAGAUGCCGUCUCCAGCCGCCGCUGUGUCUCUUUCAUCCUGCGGGCCACUGUUGGCACUUUGCUGGGGGAGAAGGCCCAGAUUGCAGCCGCUAAGGAGAUCUGUCAAACAGUCAGCAAACAGAAGAGGAUUGUGGACGCAGCUAUGCACGAGGGCAACACGGAGACACGCGUGAGCCCCGCGGAUGUAGUGGCUAGUCAGCAUGUGCUGGUCUGUGCCCUGCUGGAACUGGGCAGUCUGCUGCAGGACCUGAGCUCUGCUUCUGCUCCACUGCUGCAGGACACCAGCAUAGGAAUGUUGGACAUGGUGAUCUCUGUUCUUCUUCACCCCAAUGCGUCUGCCCGCCUGGCUGCCGCCUGGUGCCUGCGGUGCAUUGCCGUAGCGAUGCCUGCUCAGGUGGCGGUGUUGCUAGACCGCUGUGCAGAAAGGUUGAAUGCAUUGAAGUCAUGCCCCGAGGCUGUGGCCGGGUACAGUGCUGCCAUAGCAGCUCUGCUGGGAGCCUCGCAGCUCUGUCUGCUGGGUAUACCUCACUCUAAGAGCAAGGUUGUGAUGACCUUGGCUGAAGAUCUUCUGCGAUCGGCAGCUCAGAACAGCCGAAUCUCUGUGCAACGCACUCAGGGAGGCUGGCUGCUGCUCAGCGCCCUCUCCACACUAGGACCCACUGUAGUGAAGCAUCACCUGCCUCGGAUGCUGUUGCUAUGGAAAUGUGCCUUCCCACUAUCAGUGAGGGAUGUAGAGAGCGAGCUGCGGCGUGGAGAUUCCUUCACCUGGCAGGUGACCCUGGAGGGCCGAGCAGGAGCAUUAUGUGCAAUGAAGAGUUUAGUGGUGCAUUGCAAAGAUCUUCUUACCGAUGAUGUCAUCAGUUAUCUACUUCCACUCAUUUCCUGUGCAGUGGCUCUGCUUACUCGGCUCCCCUCUCUUGUCAAAUCCUAUGGCAACCAAAUAAAAAAUGCUGUCAUUGUCUUUAGAUUGAGAGUCUAUGAGAUUCUCACAUUGCUGCAACCUAAAACAUAUGAAGAAAGUUUUGGCACCGUGUUAAAACAGCUGCUGAAUGAUCUGACCGGGCCAGAAAUCACACCAUGUGCUGAGUUGAACCUGCUGCAUUCACUGUGCUGCAGCCAAGACCUGGCACUACUGGGCCCGGGACUGCAAGAUAUGGACCAGCACUACAUAGAGGAGCAGCUCUGUGGAGGUGGGUCAGGAAGUGGAACGUUAGAAUAUGACCCUUUCACCAUCUUUGGGAAGGCUCAAGUCGUCCCUGCCCCUCUUCCUCCAGUCUCCGCUUUGACGGGUGCAGCUGUCCAGCUUUUUGGGGUGAUUUUCCCCCACUUGGGCGUCCAGCAAAGGGCACAGACUCUGGAUCAGUUCUGUGAGUUUGUGAGACAGCUUAAAGGAGUGAGACAGCAAACAGUUCAGAUCCAUGUAGCUGCUGCUUUCUGCUGCACUUUAAAGUGUUUAGCCUUGAAUCGGAUGGAAUUGGGACCAGAGGAGGUACAAAGACCCGCGCUGUCUCUCCUGGUGGGGGCGCUAGAAGGCUCAAACCCUCAGUUGCGCUGCAUGGCUGCAGAGGGAUUAGCAAGACUGGUGCAGGUCCUUAAUGACCCCAGCUUCACUGUUUCCCUCACAUUAAUGAGUUUUGACAAGCUGAAGACGGCAAGGGAUGCAAUCACACGCACUGGUCACGCCUUGGCACUCUGCGCUGUCUAUCGUUACCUGGGUGGUAUUAAUUCCCCCCAGUACCUCAGUGCCUGUGUUGGGGUCCUUUUCACCCUGUCUCAGGACAGCACGUCACCUGAGGUCCAGAUGUGGGCUCUCCACGCUUUGUCCAUGGUGGUGGAUUUAGCGGGACCUCUGUAUCACACUCAUUUGGAGGCCAGCUUUACCCUUGUGCUGCGAUUGCUCCUCUCGACUCCACACACGCAUGUGGAGGUGCAGCAAAGCCUGGGACGCUGCCUUAACGCACUCAUCACCUCCAUGGGUCCUGAUCUGCAAGGUGAUGGUGCAAGUGUGUGUGCGGUGAGGACCUCAUGCUUGGUGUGCUGUGCUGUGAUGCAGGAUAGUCCAGACUGUCUGGUUCAAGCCCAAGCCAUCUCCUGCCUCCAGCAGCUGCACAUGUUUGCUCCACGCUUCGUCAACCUGGCCAACGUGGUGCCCAGCCUCUGUGAGAUCUUAUUGGAUUAUUCGGUAUUGAUAAACCUGUGCAGCUCAUAUCUGUCCCUGCGGCGAGCGGUCGUGGCCUGCCUGAGGCAGCUGGCUCAGAAGGAGGCAGUGGAGGUAUCCGAGCAUGCUGUAGCGCUAGUUAAAGAGCUGCCUCGCAGAGACAACACACAACUGGAUGUCACUAUUAAGGAGGUGGGCCUGGAGGGAGCUCUGUUUAGUCUGCUGGACAGGGAGUCCGACCCACACCUGUGCCGAGACAUUCGGGAGACGCUUGUCCACAUGAUGAGCUCCGCUUCCGAGUGCAACCUGGCACACUGGCUAAAACUCUGCAAGGAUGUGCUGUCUGCCUCGGCAGACUCUUCUGCAGCCGCCUCGGUUGAGACUCAUCAGGAGGAGGAUGGAGAUCGAUUUGAUGACUCCUCUGUAUUUCACGCUAAGCCUGAAUCCAGCGGCCCCUUCAACAGCCUUCGCUGGUCUACUCGUGUGUUUUCCAUGGAGUGUGUGUGCCGUAUAAUUGCACAGUGUGAGCACGGAGACCCAGCUCACUUCAAUAUGGCACUGGCUCAAAAACAACGUUUACAUGAGUCUGCAGAUUUUCUUGUUCUCCACCUGGCUGAUCUCAUACGCAUGGCUUUCAUGGCAGCCACAGACCACAGCGAUCAGCUCCGACUGGCCGGUUUGCAAACACUGUUGGUCAUUAUCCGUAAAUUCUCCAAUGUGCCUGAGCCUGAAUUCCCUGGACAUGUCAUUCUGGAACAAUACCAAGCUAAUGUUGGAGCUGCGCUUAGACCUGCUUUCCAUGUGGAUGCCCCUCCAGAUGUCACUGCUAAAGCCUGCCAGGUUUGCAGUGCUUGGAUUGCCAGCGGGGUCAUCAGUGACCUACGUGACCUGAGAAGGGUGCAUCAGCUUCUGGCCUCUUCUCUCACCAAGGUUCAAGCUGGCAAAGACGUUCCCAGUCAACUCUACAAUGAAAGCACCUUCACCAUGGAGACACUGGCUGUGCUCAAAGCCUGGGCAGAGGUGUACAUUACAGCUGUUCAGAGCUCCAGGAUGAAGGAGAGCCCAGGGAGCUGUCCGCAGGAAAGUGAAGAUGUCGGGACUGCUGGUUCAACAGGAGCUGGUCUGCUUAAACUGGUCCAAGCAGAUCUGGCAACCUUAAGCCGCCUGUGGCUGGCUGCUUUGCAGGACCUCGCCCUGCUCACUCUGCCCCCACAAUACUCCAGUCAACUCCCUUCAACAGGUGGAGCAUUUUAUACAGCGGAGACGGUCGAACAGGCCCGUCCACAUUACUGUAGCGCUUGGGCUACCAUUCUCCACGCUACUGCUCUAUGGCUCAACAGCACCGGAUUCAUCAUGUUGGAUGAGGGGCCCGCAAACUUCUCCCGACCGGUCACCCCAACCUCCAUGGGCCAGUCUACUUCACUGAGCAGUGUCAAAUCUCCAGAGGAUGUCAACACAGAUCGGCUCUACCUCAUUCUGGGAAUCAGUGUGGAGUUUUUGUGUUCGCCUCGCUCCGGAGACCAAAUGGAAAACAUCAUCUCGUGUCUUCAGGCUCUACAGGCUUUAUUAGAAGUGCCUUGGCCCCGUUCAAAAGUGGGCAAUGAUCAGGCUUUGAGUGUUGAGCUGCUCAGCGUACUGCACAGGCUUAUUGUCACUCGGGAAUCUCCCAGCAUUCACCUGGCUGUGUUGGAACUGGUGCGCCAAAUCGUAUGCGCCGCCCAAGAACACGUCAAAGAGAGACGUCACAGCGCAGAGGUGGAUGAUGGUGCGGCAGAGAAGGAAACCGUCCCUGAGUUCGGAGAGGGACGGGACACUGGUGGUUUGGUACCAGGGAAGUCUCUUGUUUUUGGAGCUCUGGAGCUGUGCUUGUGCACGCUGGUCCGGAAACUUCCACAGCUCAGUCCCAAGCUGGCCGGCAGCCCCACGGGGCGAGGAGGACUGACCUGUUCCCUCAGCAACACAGACUGUAUACUCGUCACAUCUGCUCUGGCUAUCCUUUCAGAACUGCCAUCCAUUUGUUCACCAGAGGGCAGUGUGUCAGUGCUUCCCACAGUGCUUUAUCUGCUGCUUGGAGUAUUGAGAGAGGUGAUAAAGGUUUCUGUUGGAGCCGAGAGCGGACAGCUGGUGCCGGGCGUCCUGCAGGCCUUACGCACUGUUCUCACCUCUCCCAUGAGCAAAGCCGAGAAGAGUCGUGGGGCUUGGACCGAUCUGCUAUGCAGUGCGCUCCAUACACUCUUGGAGUUUUGGAAUGAAGAUAAAAAUGAGCCUGGAGUGGAUGAGGUUACCAUGUUGACAGCCCUCACUAUCUUUCUGCUGUACACCGGUGCAGAGGUUACAGCUGUGGAACCACUGCAGACUCGCUGCAUCCAGACUUUUAGAGCCAGUCUGGAGUCUAAGGACCCUGUGGUGCUGAGCAGGAGUUAUCAGUUGCUAGCAUCUUUAUUUCAAGGCCCAGCGACCAUUUCCAGGCCGUUUAUUCUGGCUCUGGGUGGCCAUCUGGUGUCACAGCUGGAGGAAGUUGAAAAGAGUCGUCCUCAAAGCCCAGCAGAACUACAGGCAGUGCAAGAUGAAAUCCGAGCCCUGGAAGCACUCGUGUUUGCCGCUGAUGAAACUCACCGUCCUCAACUGGUGGCUGUGCUGCUGCCCCUCCUCAUCUCUCUGCUGCUAGAUGAGAACGCUUUGGCCUCGGCCCCCGCAUCAUCUCGCGCACUGCACGAGUCUGCUUUGAAAGACCUCAUGCGCAUCGGCCCCCAGCACUCGGAUGUCUUCAAAGCGCUGAUGGCCUCCUCUCCGCACAUGAAAGCGAGGCUGGAGGCGGCCGUCAAGGGGAACCAGGAGAGCAUCAACACUAAGACACCAGCCCCUCGAGUCAUCAAAAACACGCCUAGCAUUCAACUAAAGAUCAAUUUCCUCUGAAUUCAGCAUUUUUAGACAUGCAAUGCAUGAUUUGAACUUUGGCGACGUCAAUAUUUUAACAUCGUGUUGGUUUUAUUGUUUAAUCAGUUAAAAAUUUCUGUCUUUUAUUAAAUGUAGUGUUGCCUUUAAACUGUAUUAACCUCUGUGAGGACGAUCGGAGAAAAUGCAUUUUAAUUCUGUGACAUUGGGAGAACAGCUGAACCAUGGGAGAGCAUUUUUUUUAUGCGUCAAUACUUUAGUUUUUAAUGGUUAGCCUGUUAUUCAUAGCAUGCAUUUUUGUGAGAUGACAUUUUGUCUGUAUAAGCAAAUGCAAACAAAUCAUUUCUUGCGGAUAUGCUGGAGCUUGCAACUAAACUUUAUUCAAGAUCAAUGAAUCACUGGGUUCUUAUAAACUGGCGUAUGAUGACCUAACAGUUUUUUAGCUUAUUUUUAAUUUUCAGUAUUUCGAAGACGUGUAGUUAUGCUUAUUGUAUAUAUUUAUAGUCAUGUAAAUGCAUUUCUAAAAGGUACUUACAUCUCUUAUUAUACUACAUGAAGUCACUGCAGUACAGUAUGCAUUCAAGAGUGUCUACAUGUACUGCUGUCAUGCAUGGAAAUAUAAGACCUCAUUUAAGUUGCACUACUGGUGAUUGAAGUGAAAUGGAUGUUCCCAAUAGUUACAAAACAAAUAUUCAACAACCAUCACAAUAUUUACAGCACUAUUUUUAACAGCACUACAAUGCAAAUGGUAGACUUACAAAUAUUAGUACAAUGUUUUUAAUACUUACAUAUUGGUGCUGCCUUCUGAUGGAUUCAGUGAUUCAUUUUUACGAGCUUUUGUAACUGUACCACAUAUUUUGUAUGUUGUAACUUGUACAGAUUUAAAUUUAGGGCAUAAUGUUUAUUUUCUGAUUCUACUGAAAUAAUAAAAUCUAGUUUUGGGUCAAA